AGUUAACUCCUUUUGAUUUCUAUGCAAAAAUUUAAAUAUAGAUGUCUAGUAUUGUUCUAAGAUAUUUCUGUUGAAGUAUUCUCUAUAAAUAUUAAAAAAUUAAUAUAACUAUAGAAUUAUAUAACUAAUAAAAAGAUAUAGAGAGAAAACAUUUUAUUUAAUCUUAUAAAUUUUUUUUCAUUGCCUUUGAAUAAAUUAUAUGUUAUUUUUAGAUAUGUAUACAUAUGUAAUAUGAAAGUAUCCUGACAUUGGAAAUACAACAGUAGUUAACAAAUCUAUAAAAGUGCAACUUCAUUUAACAUAAAUCGUCAUUUGUUCAUUUGUCAAAUAUAUAUUUAUAUAUUUAUUUAUUUUAAAAUAUCUCUUAUAUAUUUUUUAACUCAAUUUUUAUGCAUAUUACAAAAAUACGUUGUAGAAUAUCAAUAAACAUUAUUAUAAUAUUGGCAUAGGCAAAAAAUAAAUUGAUUAAAGUUACAAUACUCGAAUAAUAAUCUUGAAUAAAAAAAAUUUUUGUAACAUAUAAGAUUUUAUACAUUAGACUAAAUGCAAUCAACUGAAACCAAUGAACCACCAAUUGAAAAUAUUAUACAAGGACCACCACAGUUGCCCCCUUUAUUUAAAGGGCAAAAAAUACAAAGUGGUCCAUAUACCAUUACUGUAACAGAUGAUAUGGUUGCACAGAGGGAAAGACAAAAUCAAGAAUUAUAUAGAGCCUGGUUACAUGAGCAAAGAAGAAGAGAAAUGGGUGACGAAGAAGAAUAUAUGGGAGAUUUUAAAGAUUUGAAAGUGAGAAGGACCUUCAUCAGGAAAAUUUUUUGCAUAUUGGGCAUGCAACUUUUAUUUACAACAGCUGUUGUAGCAUUUUUUAUAUUUGUACCUGCUGCACAAGAAUUUAUGUUAGUUAAUUGGUUUCUUUGGCUGCUAGCUUUAAUAAUCUUUAUGGUCACAUACUGCGCUAUAGCAUUUUCUGACUGCGCAAGACGUCAAGCACCAAAUAACUACCUCUGUCUUUGUUUGCUGACAAUGGCUAUGUCAUAUUUGGCUGCCUUUGUUUCUGUAUUUUAUUCUCUAGAAGUUGUUCUUGUAGCAUUAGCUAUGACAUCGAUUGUAACUAUCACACUUAGUUUUAUAGCUACAUUUACUAAGUUUGAUUUAACCAUGCGAACAGGAUUGAUAACAAUAAUUGGAUUAGUUGGAAUUGUAGCUCUUUUUUCAAUGGUGAUAGUAUCAAUGUUUAUGUAUAUAAAAACAUUGCAUAUAAUGAUAGCCAUUAUAGGAACACUUCUUAUAUCAAUGUAUCUAUUUUUUGACGUACAAACAAUAAUGGGUGGACGAAGAAUAGAAUUAAAUCCAGACGAAGUUGUUUAUGCAACUACUCAAAUUUAUGUUGAUAUCAUUUUACUGUAUCAGUACAUCCUUUUGUUGGAUUUACAUAGCACAUUAUGGUAUAUGAUAAAUACAUAGUCUAAUUAAAAAUGUAUAUUCAUUAUUAACAA